CUAACCUGUUCCAUUUUAGCCCUAUUUCCCAUCCAAAUACGGUCGCCCCCCGUAGCGCGUUUGAGAUGAAGGAAUAACCCUAGACACAGUAACGCCGCCGCCUCAUGAAAACGUCGCCGCAAACAUAGCAAUCGUAGGUUUGGAUCAGAAUUUACGGUUCCGAUUCCAUUUCACGUCUUCGCCUUAAAGGUUGAUUUUGAUUUUCCUACAAUAUGGAAUUCCAUGAAGGAAUGGAUCUUGAUUUAGGGUCUUCAGGGAUCGAUGGUGUUGAUUCAGAGUCUCUUGGGAUGAAUGGCAUGUCAGGGUAUCCAUCAAAGAAACCGAAAACUGUUGAGGAGCAAGUAAACUUUGACAAAAUGCCCUUGUUGUCCUGCAUCUGUAAGAUGGAUUACCUUCUUCGAACUUUUGGGGAGAAGGUGAAAUUUGACCAGGAAACGGUUUCUGGCAAAUACAUCCUCUUUUACUGUUUCUUCUAUCAACUUUCUCCAGUCGAUGUGAUGCAUGGGUACUCCCCUAUGGAUCUCUUUAAGCUAUGUGCUGAUCUGUAUUCUGUUCGAGACGAUUUUGAGAUGGUAGUUGUUCCAAAGCCCGGUGUAGAAGACAAAUAUGACUUAUGUUUGAAAGCAUUCUUCUCUUUUGUUCCCACUUACUCUCUUGUUGUACCAGCCAAGGAGUCACAUCGUCGUAACUUCAUGUGUGACUGCCNCCAGGAAACGGUUUCUGGCAAAUACAUCCUCUUUUACUGUUUCUUCUAUCAACUUUCUCCAGUCGAUGUGAUGCAUGGGUACUCCCCUAUGGAUCUCUUUAAGCUAUGUGCUGAUCUGUAUUCUGUUCGAGACGAUUUUGAGAUGGUAGUUGUUCCAAAGCCCGGUGUAGAAGACAAAUAUGACUUAUGUUUGAAAGCAUUCUUCUCUUUUGUUCCCACUUACUCUCUUGUUGUACCAGCCAAGGAGUCACAUCGUCGUAACUUCAUGUGUGACUGCCUCGGCUUGGUUUAUCCGGGUACUUUUAAAUGCGUCCUUGUGAAUGUCAAGAAAGGCAUUCUGGUCCAUGGAGGUUUUUACUCCAUGUUGCAUCUUAUAGGGCGUCUUCAGAAACUCCAGAAAGAGAGUUCAUUCGACUGCCUGCGCUCUUAUGAGAGGAUUUUAAAAACACUAUGGCCUGUGAUUCCCAAAGAGCAGAAAAAUCCCUUCCCACCUAUACAAGCAUGUCCUAUAGCCUAUAAAUUGAUGGGUGUGAAACUUGAAUAUGGAGAUCAUAUCAAUGAGAUGGUUUCUGAAUCAAAAAAGUUGUCUCCCAUCAAGAUUGGUCAGUCUUUUGAUGCUAUCUCCUUUUUGUCUGGUAAGGAUGAUAUGAAUUACCUUUGUCGUAAUGAUGAUAAGACCGGGAGAGUUGAAAUUGGUAAGCAGACAUUUAGUGGAAAAUACAUUCUGGUCUGUUGUUUUCACUUGCCUGUCUUCCGCCAAGAGUUUAAUGCACGCCGUGCCCAGGCUUUAGCAACUGCGUGCUCCGAGCUGUAUUCCUCGAGAAGUGACUUUGAGAUGGUAGUAGUUGCUAAGAUGAACCAAUUGGCCAAUCACGAGGUGUUUUUCGAUCAUUUCAUGUCGGGAUUCCCCCCUUCAUGUCUAGUGGUACCAUUCCAGCACUCAGAGCACCGUGAUUUUAUAUGCAAAUACCUUGACCUCGCAGCAUCUGAAUGUGAUGAUAUAAAAUGUCUCAUUUUAGACAAGGAUACGGACAUCAAGAGAAACAUUUUGUAUUGUGAAUAUCCCUACUUUGCCCUUGACCAUGGUGCCGAUGCGUUUCCCUUUACUGACAAGAAAUUGAAGGAGGUUAGCGCAAAUGACCACCUGUGGCGGGAUGAUGGUCAUAUUCUACCAUCCAAGCUUGAAGAUCUCUUAGGGUGCAGUCCGUCUGAUGUUCUAAAUAAGACUGUUUCACCAGGCGUCCAUGAGAAGGUAACUAUCUUGGAACUCAGCAGUAAGGUUGUCGGGGUGUACGCAUGCUUUAGCGGACAUCUCAUUCCCACUCUAGGGAAGGUCUAUCAACAAUGCAGAGCUCAAGGGCUAGAUUUUGAAAUAGUGCUGGUCUAUAUACCCUGGACUGAUGAUAGUCUUGACCCAGAGGUCCACAUAGCAAAUAUUGAGAGUGUGUUGCUGGAGUGGAAUAUAUCGUGGUGUUGGUUUCCCCCAUGUUUUGACGGGCAAAACAAGCGCUUCAACAGCUCUGUAAGCUGCAGGUUCAGGCGAUGUACUGAAUGGAACCAUACAGAUCAUAUCGUCAUCGUGGGACCGCAUGGUGCAUUUGUCGAACCUCACGGAGCAGAAUUCAUGAGUGUGUGUGGGAUUGAUGCGUAUCCGUUUGGUAGGGACGGCAUUAUUGAAAUGAAAAUGAAGAAGUUCGAGGAGCUCACCUUGGAGACAUUGUUGGAGUAUGGGCCAAGGAAAUAUGUUUAUAAAGACAAGAAGAAGAUACCUGUGAGUGAACUCACGGGAAAGAAAACACUUCUUUACCUUGAUAAUCUUGGUGACUUUGGCCUUUCUUUUCAAGUGAAACAAUGGUAUUUUGAGAUAAAGCAAUAUCUUAAUCCUGAUGUCCAACUGGUCCUCGUACGCCGGCAUGACUAUCCUGUAAUGGGAGAUGAGGCUGAUUUAUUAGUAUCUGAAACUGCUCCUUUUUGGUAUGUGUGCCCCUUUGACCCUCGGCACUCGACAUGGCUGGAGGAGGAACUAUUCAUAGGGGGUUUGCAAAACAAUGCCAUCGUUGCAUUCGGAUCAGAUGGCCGGGUUUGUUCAUUGGGAGCAUUGGGCCGUUUGUGGUUUUUUGGACCCAAAGGUCUCGAGUUUGAUAAAUCUGAUCUACGUCAAAAUGUCCUUGACGAGUUGAUAUCCCAAGGAAGGACGAUGUGUGCUUGGCCAGGUCCUAUGGAAUGUUUUAAUUUAAGCUCUUAAGGUUUUAUUUUCUUGAAAUCGGCUUGCUUAACUAGCAUUAUUUAUGUACUAAUUUCCAACCUUUCUCAAGGGUAUGGAUGCCCUCCCACUAAAUUGCUUCCAUAUGA